UGGUGCGAGAGAUGCAGAGAUACGUUUAAAGCUGCAUCUGAGGAGAGCUGUGAGGAGAGGAGGGCAGGAUGACGGUGCAGAGGCUGGUCCUGGUUUGUCUUCUGUACGGAUUCAUCAGAUUUGGGACUGCCAGGAGUCGGAGUCAAGCCCUGUUCCCAUCUGCACACAGUCGACUAAAGAGAAAUCUGGCAUCUGUGGACAAUCUCGUCUUCCACCACUCCUCUAAGGAUGCUCAUCUCCUGUUUGAGAUCCUGAUGAGCGGCAUACAUUUCAAACCCAAUGGAGACUUUUCUGUUGAAGAUGGCGAGCUGGCUUCUCUCCGAAAGACAAGGAAACUGGAGGUCAUUUGUGAGGACAUUGUUCCCAGAGAUUUUUCAGAAAUCCUGCGUCUGGUCUCACACAUCUCACACACAGAGGGACAUCUGCACCAGGAUGAGUUUGAACGCACCCUGCUGACUUUGGUAUACACCACCCAGAGAAUGGCCAACUCCACCAGCACGCACCAAAGAGAGGCAUGGGCCCAGUCUUUUGUUCAUUUAUACAAAGCUCUCAAGCAGGACUUGAUGACAUGAGUGAAACUGUUAUUAAACUGGACAGAACAAUUUAUGAUAAACACAUGUAUAGUACGUAAUCCAUCUGGUUACAGGCCUUGGCUGUACUUAAAAAUAAAACAAUAGAAAAAAAGACUUUUUAACCAGAGAUA